AUGACGCUCACACAGCUCGUAGGCGAUAUUUGCCUCAACCCCAAGCAUAGUAAAUGGAUAGCUCCUCUUCUCAAUAUCGGGGAUGCUUUUCUUUGCGUUCUCAUUAUCUGGAAGGUCCCAUACACCGAGAUCGACUGGACUACCUACAUGCAACAGAUAUCACUAUAUCUCUCCGGAGAGCGAGACUACACCCAGAUUAAAGGCUCCACAGGACCCCUCGUCUAUCCCGCCGCCCAUGUGUACGGCUAUUCAUUACUUUACCAUCUUACCGAUAACGGCCACGACAUUGUUUUUGGCCAGAUCAUCUUCGCUUUCCUCUACCUUAUAGCCCUAACCGUUGUGAUGGCAUGCUACCGGCGCUCCGGAGCCCCGCCGUAUUUGUUUCCUCUCCUUGUCCUCUCCAAAAGAUUACAUAGCAUUUUCAUGCUCCGUCUUUUCAACGAUGGUCUGGCGGCGCUUGCGAUGUGGGUUGCGAUUCUCUUCUUUCAGCAUCGCAGGUGGUCACUCGGUGUUAUCGUGUGGUCGAUCGGGCUCGGGAUAAAAAUGCCCUUACUCCUUCUUGCGCCGGCGAUUGCGGUGUUACUCGCGCUCAGUCUAUCUAUUGGGCCCUGUAUCAGAUUGGGUGGCGUGGCUGUCGGUAUUCAGGUUCUGCUUGCAAUACCAUUUUUGCAGACAAAUCCGGCAGGUUAUCUCUCACGCGCUUUUGAGCUAACAAGGCAGUUUAUGUUUAAGUGGACUGUGAACUGGAGAUUUGUCGGGGAAGAAUUGUUCCUGUCUAGGGACUUCGCCCUGGGUCUCUUAGGCUUGCAUAUCCUUUUACUGGGAGUUUUUGUUGCUACAAGCUGGCUGAAGCCUUCUGGGUCUAACAUCCAGAACUUUAUCAGAAACUUUGUGACUGGGCAGUACCAAAAGAGAACAGAUCUGUCACCGUCUUUCGUGAUGACGGCGAUAUUAUCAUCCCUGUGCAUUGGCCUGCUGUGCGCAAGGUCACUCCAUUACCAGUUUUUCGCCUAUCUUGCGUGGGCAUCUCCUUUCCUCCUCUGGCGCGCUGGCUUUCAUCCAAUUCUUGUGUAUAUCUUAUGGGCGUUGCAAGAGUGGGCUUGGAACGUUUAUCCAAGCACAAACCAAAGUUCCAUGGUUGUUGUUCUUUCGCUUUCCAUCCAGGUGCUAGGAGUUCUCAUGAACAGGAACCGCGCGUUCAGCACCUCAUCUUACAAGCCCACCAGCAAAGAACAUAUCCAGUAA